GGAGGAGGAGAAGGAAGAGGAAGGCUCCAUCCCUCCUGCCCUCCCAGGUCCCCCCCAGGCAAAAAGGCUCCCGUCCCCCCCAGGUCAGGCUCCGUGUUUUCGGGCAGGGCAGCAGCGAUGGCCCCGCUCAGCCUGUCCCAGCUGCUGGACGUCGCCAUCGGGACGCCCGAGGUCGGGGCUGUCAACUUCACAGCGCUGCACAGCCUGCUGCAGACCAUGCUUGGGCAUCUGGGCCUGCAGGACCUGCCAGCCCAGGAGCAGGGGCACAGCCUGACCCCCCUCCUGGGGGGGGACCAGCCUGCCAAAGCACACCCCGGCCUGGAGAAGAAGGGAGACAGGACCGAGGCCUGGGCCCAGGGCACGGGACAGCAGCCCCAGGAGCCGGGGGAGCGGCUGCCUGGGAAGGAGCCGCUGCAGGGGACCACGGGCAGCCCCCAGGUCGCCUCCGUGGCCGCCGACGUGGGGCAGAUGAAGAAGAAGAUUGAAGCGAACGAGAGUGGCAUCUCCAAGGCCAUGGCUCUCUCCCAGGAUCUCCUUGAGGAGAUCGGCGGGAUGAAGGCGGCGCAGUCCCGCAUGGGAGAGGACAUCCGGACGCUCCAGGAGACGCUUGGCUUGGGGAACCUCCAGGAUGCUGCCGGCCGGCUGCCAGGUCUCCAUGACCAGACCACGUUGGACAGUGACGUGAAAAAACUGAAGGAAAGGCUGAGCCUCUACCCAGCCCCGGAGGAGGAGGGCAGUGGGAGCCAGUCUGCCCCUGCCAAGCCCCACACUUCUGACUUGGACACCCCGCAUGGGGGAAGCUCAGCACCAGGGCCGAAGGCACCAGGGACACAGCCUGUGCCCAGGACCAGCAAGGGGACUUCGAGGACACAGCCCAGCUCCCAGGGGAUGCACACAGGGAUGCAGAGAGCACCAGUGACCCCUGAGAAGUGGGAAGGAACUCCCUCAGAUCGGACAAGGACUUCUGAUACCAAUGCCACCAUCCUGGGGAUACAGCCAGUGUCCCUCAGCACCCAGACCACCUCCCCAGGGACACAGCCAGGGUCCCCCGGCACCCAGACCACCAUCCCAGGGACGCAGCCAGGGUCCCCCGGCACCCGGACCAGCAUCCCAGGGAUGCAGCCAGGGACUCCCAGCACCCAGACCACCUCCCCAGGGACACAGCCAGGGUCCCCCGGCACCCAGACCACCAUCCCAGGGACACAGCCAGGGUCCCCUGGCACCCAGACCAGCAUCCCAGGGAUGCAGCCAGGGACUCCCAGCACCCAGACCACCAUCCCAGGGACGCAGCCAGGGUCCCCCGGCACCCAGACCACCAUCCCAGGGACGCAGCCAGGGUCCCCCGGCACCCAGACCAGCAUCCCGGGGAUGCAGCCAGGGACUCCCAGCACCCAGACCACCAUCCCGGGGAUGCAGCCAGCACCUCCAGGGACCCAAGGAGGAAGAGCAGGGGUUCAGCCAAGCCCCCCUCACAUGGAGCCCAGCCUUUCUGGCACUGAGAAAGUCCCUACUGAAGCCACCCCCGGUGCUCUGGGGACACAGAUGGAUGCCACAAGCCCCAAGGAGGGAGACAAGGCUUUGCCCACCACACAGCUUGCCCAGGCAGGCCACCCGGCAGUGGGGACCCUCUCACUGACAGCCCAGGGGUUCGAGAUCCCCCUUGAUGCCUAUCCCAGGGCCAUGUCCCCUUCACAAGAGCCAGCUGUGCCCUGGGGGUCCUCAGGCUCCAGCAGUGCCUCCAGCCGCUACGUGGAGACGGUGGAGGCUCUCCGCCAGAUCGGGCAGCUCGGCCACCUCUACACAGCCCUGAAGGAGCAGGUCGCCCAGCUGGAAGCCACCAAGUCAGACCAUGCCGAGCUUGAGAAGCUGCGCCUGCUCUUCCCGGAGGGAGACCAGGAGAGCAUUGCCAGCAUCCUGGCUGACCUCCGGGGCCAGGUGUCCUCCCUGCAGGGCCUGGCCAGCGACCUGCAGGGCGAGAAAGGGAAGGUCAGGCAGCUGGACGAUGCCCUUGGAAAGCUGGGCGUGGCUGGAGCUGACUGGAAAGUGGAUGGCAGCGACCAGAUUACCCAGCAACUGGGGUCCACGCUGCAGGAGAUAAAGCAGGAGCUGAAGGAGCUGGGAGAGCAACAGGAGAUGACCAAGUCCACGCUGGAGCAGUUGGUGACCAAGACGGCUGACCAGCUGCAGGAGCAGCUGGACGAGCUGAGAGCAAUGGUGGAGGGCACGGGGCAGGAGCAGGAGCAGGCAGAGGCGCAGGCAGCGUGCCCCGUCUGCAGCACGGACACCAGUGUGCAGGUGGGGCAGCUCCUCCAGCGCUACGAGAAGCUCCAGGAGCUGGUGGACUCCUUCAUGUCGCGGCAGGCAGUGGGCAAGGUGGUGAGGCAGCUGCCGGGAAGGAGCCAGCAGGAUGAGGAGCUGCUGAAGCGCAUCCAGGCCACCGUCAUGCAGGUGCAAGGGGACUACGAGAAGCUCAGCUCCAUCACGGGGAACCUCCUGGAUGACCGUCACCAGAAGCAGAAAGAUAUCGAGGCUCUGUUCCAGUCCCUGGAGAGGCUGGAGAAGGAGAAAGCAGACAAGGAGGACCUGGUGCUGGGAAUCGAUGUGAAAGCAGACAAAACCGCCCUGGCCGGCAAAGUCAGUCGCACCCAGUUUGACGCAAGCAUGGAGCGGCUGAAUGAGAUGAUCCAGGAGAUGCUGAGCCGGGUGAUGGGCCAGGAGCAGGGCUGGCACCAGGUCCAGCGACAGCUCAGUGAAAAGAUGGACUCCAAGCUGGACCGCCUGGAGCUGAGGCCUUUCCAGCAGCAGCUGGACGAACACUGGAAGACCAUCCUGGAGCAGCUCAAGGAGAAGGCGCCGCCGAUGGAGGCUGACGAUGCAGCUGGGAUUAAGAAGCAGCUGCUGGCCCAUUUCCACUGCAUGUCCUGCGACCGGCCCCUCAGCAUGCUGGUGCCUGGCCCGCAUAUCGUGGCCAUCCCGUCCAUGCCACCGCUGGCCCCCCGCCUUGCCGGGCAUCCCCAUACCAUCCUCGAGCUGGAGCAAACACAGCAGCACAGCCACAGGGAGUGGGCAGCUGAGUGUGGGUACCCCAGCGUGCCACGGCACUGUGGGGGCCGGCACACCCUCACCCACCCGCUGCAGCGCUGCCCGCGCCUCCAGCCCGGCACCCCGCGGCCACUUCAGCCCCACACCCUGCUCCCCAUCAAGCAUGACGAGAUGGAGCUGUUGGGCCAGGACGGCCACAUCUACAGGGGCCGGCGGGAUGGUCAGCUGCCUGUGCUCAUGGGCAAGGAGGGCUUCCCGAGGGACAAGCCCAAGCUGUCCCCAAGGCAGUGGGAUGCCCGGGACACCGGCCGCCUCCUCUCGCGGCCCCAGAGCGCCGGGUCCUCGCUCAGCCAGCCAGGCACCGCCGCCUCGCUGGAGCACAGGCCAGCCUCGUCCCACGGCCACCUCUCCCAGGCACCGGGGCUUUUCCCGCCCCUGCGGGAUGGAUCCAGCACCCCAGCAGCUGGGUGGGACCGGGGGUCCCCGACCAAACCCCCACCACCCCAACUACCGAGCAGACGAGCAAGUGGCUCCAGCCAGCAGCAAUAAAGGGCGAUGGGCAGCCAAGCGCCUGUGCGGCCUGAGUGGGGUGGCCCUGGGUCGGGAUCUUCCCGUCAUGCACAAGGAGGGGUCGGCGGCAUCCCUCGUCCUGCGGCCGCGUGUCG